AUGAAAUCAGCAUUCAAGAAGGAGCACACGUUCGAUGUAGAGCAGCGAAUAGAAGAGUCACAACGUAUACGACAGCAGUACCCUGACCGCGUGCCUGUCAUUUGCGAGAAAGCGGAGAAGACAGACAUCCCUAACAUUAGCAAAAAAAAAUACUUGGUCCCAGGCGACCUAACAGUGGGACAGUUUGUCUAUGUAAUUCGGAAACGUAUUAAGCUUUCACCAGAUAAAGCGAUCUUCAUUUUUGUUGAGAGUGUGCUGCCCGCUACAUCUGCUUCCAUGAACGAUAUAUAUGCUGAGUAUAAGGAUGAAGAUGGAUUUUUAUACUUAUGUUAUUCCGGCGAAAAUACUUUCGGCCACCUUGCUGCAUCACGAGACAGCCCUUAA